AGUAUGUGCGCAUGUUGCGUUGAGCACGUGGAAGUCGUGUAUAUGAGGAUAUUAUUCUAGCCUUGGACAGAAAACGAACCACAGGGAUUCCCCGCUCGGGCACGAAAUAGGCCAACCGGACUCGACUGUCAAGAGAUGCCCGGACUGAGAUGGUGCUUAGCGGACGAAGACGUCUGGAAACAUAAGUGGCAGGCACUAUACCUGGUUGUCACGGACUUUUAAAAACCACGUAUUACUUACGGUAAAUCAGUAGUACGUGGCACAAGAAAACAAAAAAUGAAGUCGGUGAUUUUAGUAGGCCUAAUUUGUUUUAUAUUUCCGUGCCGGUUAUGUACGGAUACCACUACAGCCGAUCGCCAACAGUAUUCUGACAGAAAUGGACAUCUCAAACGAUUUGGUUCCGAGGGCCCCAGCUAUUCUAUUGAUGAACUGUACGGUUUUCCAGCUCAAAAGCAUUUCUUUAAGAACUACGUGCUUGCCUCAAAACCACUCAAAAUGGCUGGAGCUGCCAGAAUGUCCCCGGCAUUUAGCCUGUGGAGUAGCGACGAUUAUUUCUUAUCUCUUGAACUCGAUGUUCCACGCAGUGAACAGACAAUCCAGGUUGAAACAAAGAAGAAGGAAAACAGAACAGCAAAUGUUGUUUCCAUGAAUUUCCAUGACUUUAUUAAAAUAUACAAUGGCACUGAAUAUUAUAUGGUGAGCGCGGUGCCAACGUUUUUGGGGCCUGAUGUUUUAGUGCCAUGCAGUUUGCAGUGCCAGGAUAUUUUGGAGAAAAAUUUAGUUGCCACGAUGAUGUGGUUCAGCAGUGGAGGUACAAAGUCUGUCGUUCACACAGAUGCUGUUGAUAACAUCAACUGUCUGUAUCGUGGAGAGAAGGAAUUCGUCAUGGUCGAUCCAAAAUACCAAGACAAGGUUGACAUGGAUCAUCCAGAAGGCUCAUACUGUGGAGUAGAUGUUGACAGUGUCGAUUAUGAAAAGUAUCCUGGACUAGCUGAGGUGGAGUACUACCAUGUGAAUAUGUCUGCUGGUGAUUGUCUUUUUAUUCCUUAUAUGUGGAUUCAUCAAGUGCGGUCUUACAACAGUAAUAUUGCUGUCAAUCUGUGGUGGGACCACUACAAAAGUCAAGACAUUGACAUCGAAUCGUGUGACACUGUUUGUGAUAAUGGUUUAACUCUUGAUCAAUUAGACUUCCAUGGCUUCAAGAAAGUUGUUAAUUCAGUUGGAAUUAUAAGAGACCAUUUUCGAAGUACUCUGCUUUCCUUCAAAACAAUGACUCUUCAAACAUUAUUUCAUGCAGUUCAGUUGGAAAUUCCAGAGGAUCAAAAGGAUUUGAAAGAAAAGUAUAAUCAGCUAGUGUCACAACUGUUCAAGAUUCUUGACCUUAAUGAAGAUGGUGAGUUCACGAUGGAAGAGUUGAAUCAAAUACCAGAUACAGGCAGUGAAAAGUGCUGGAAAAUUGUACAGAAGUAUGUGUCUGAGAUUGAGCAGCUCGAGGAAGAUAUAGAUGAUGAUGAGUUGAGUGAAGACGACGACAGGACUGCCGACACAGAGGAUGAUAAUUUAUCUGAAGAUCAUCAACUCCGAGAUGAACUUUAACUUUAACCCCUGAUAUGCAUUCCACAUGAGGCUAAUGACAGAUCUGCUUUCCUGUAACGCAAUUCUGUGUGCAGUUUAUCAGCAUUUUCGUAAGCGGAUUACUCACUAUACAAAUUUUGAUGUUGAAGUGUACUUUUAAGCCACUAGUAUUAGUACUGUAAACACUUUGUGUUUUGAUGUUACAGCAUGGAAAACUUGCACGAGAAAAAAUCACUUAUUGAUAAACUUUUCUUGUUUUGAACUUUUCACUGUUCUGAACGUCUGUGCAUGGAAACAUUUUUGUGGAAAAGGUACAGUGCAUAUGCAUUAUGUCGAUAAACUCACAUAUAGAAUCGUGACUGAAAUUUGCCUUAAUACAAAGCAGGCCUUAAAAACAAAAUUGUUUGUUGGAACCCGACUGGAUUAAUAAAUUCCAUGCCAGUUAAAAUUAAAUAUUUGUAAUCAUAUUUUCUUUUUUAUCCCUCUUUUCAUUAAAAAAAAUGUCAGUGUGA